CUUUAGCAAGACUGCAAAUCACGCUAGGGCAGGCCAAUCUCGCUAAGAAGCAGCCCCGCAGCCGCGGCGCGCAGCCCCAAUCACCUAUCUCACGCCAAUCUUGCGAACGAGGCAGCCCCGCCGCCGCGGCGUGCGUGCGCCCCAAGCAACAGUCCACCUCCACGCCGCCGACGCCGCAGCCAUGGAGGUCUGGCAGUACAUCAUCGCCGCCGUGCUGGUAGCCCUGAGCGGCCUCUUCUCGGGCCUGAACCUCGGUCUCAUGUCCUUUGCGCCCGAGGAUUUGAGGAUUGUCGUCGAGGGGUCGCCGGACGAGAGCGAGCGGCGGAGCGCGGCGAAGAUCCAGCCGCUGCGGAAGACGGGGAAUUUGCUGCUCUGCACGCUACUGCUCGGCAACACGCUGGUCAAUGCGGCCAUCGCCACAUUACUGGCCGACGCGACGGCGGGCGUCCUGGGCAUGUUCAUCACUACCGGAUUAAUCGUUGUUUUUGGCGAGAUCGUGCCGCAGAGCGUCUGCAGUCGGUACGCGCUGCAAAUAGGUGCCGCAUCCGUACCAUUGGUCUGGCUCUUCGUCGGCAUCACCUUUGUCGUCGCCUACCCCAUCGCCAAGGUCUUGGACUGGGCUUUGGGAGGCGAGAUGUCGGCGGUUUAUACCAAAAAUGAGCUUAAAAGUCUGAUAAGAAUCAACGUCGAGGACCCGCAACGAGUGAAAGAAAGUGGAUUAACCCCCGAGGACGGGAAGCUCCUGACGGGUGCCUUAUCGUUCAAGGAGGAACUGGUCGAGGGCGCGAUGACGCCUUUGGAUGCCGUCUUUUCCUUACCGGAAGAAACCAUCCUCGACGAGGACACGAUGGGUAGAAUACUAAAAAGCGGGCACACGCGCAUCCCCGUCACGUCGGAGGGCAAGGCCGUGGCCAUUUUAUAUGCGAAGGAUUUGGUCGGCGUCGGCUUCGAGCGGAACCUAGCUCUGAAAAGCGUAUUAGAUGCCUUCGACGCGUACAAGCGCGUCUAUAAUGUGUAUGAGAAGACGUCGUUAGGCGACUGCUUCGCGCUCUGCAAGCGGGAGCGGCGCCAUUUGCUCGUUGUGGUCGAGAAGAUCUCGAAGAGUUUGUGCGGCAUCGUGACGACGGAGGACAUCCUCGAGGAGAUCCUCCAGGACGAGAUCGUGGGCGACGACGACCAGUACAUCGAUCAAGGGAACACGUCGUCGAUGCGGCCGGGCCUCGCGCGCCAGAACUCGAAGGCCUACGACCCGCUGGUGCUCAUGCGCCAGCUGUCGCCGCGGCGCGCGCCGCCGGACCCUCCCUCGAUGGCGCGUGGGGGCCCUUCCGGGGAGUACUGAUCUUCUCCCGCAGUGUCUAAUCUAUUUACUCCGUUACGCUGUCGCCGCGACGUCGUAUUACGGAAAUAGUUCGUUACCCGCCUAUAAAUCUA